UUUUAGUCAGCCUGGCACGUUCCGAAGACACCCCUUGCCCAGUUUCCGCCCCGGCGCCAGUUCCCUCAGGAUUCAUUUCGGGGACCGGCAACCGGAGGCCCUCCUUAGCCCAAUCUGGAUGGUAGCUUGGAGAUAAGCACCCGUACUCCCUUCCUUUCUCUUCCCUACUUUUCCCUGUCUAAAACCCCAUCCUCUCCGCUCUCUCUGCCGCCACGGCCUCCACCGUGAUGGCAGCCGGAGCCGCCGCCACCCCGAAACCCCUCCUCCCCUCUUCGUCUCCCAAGCUUCCUCGAACCACCACCUCUUUUUUAUUCUCGUCUUCGGGGUCUCUGUCCGGAGCCCACAGUAUCUCCCUCGCCGUCUCCCGGAGACCGACCACCAGCCUUCCAUCCCACCGGCGCGGCGGCCUGCUUGUCGUCCGCGCCGCCCGCGGCAAGUUCGAGCGAAAGAAGCCCCACGUCAACAUCGGCACCAUCGGCCAUGUCGACCACGGCAAGACCACUCUGACGGCGGCCCUCACCAUGGCCCUGGCCUCCGUCGGCAACAGCGCCCCCAAGAAGUACGACGAGAUCGACGCCGCCCCCGAGGAGCGCGCCCGCGGAAUCACCAUCAACACCGCCACCGUCGAGUAUGAGACCGCCUCCCGCCACUACGCCCACGUCGACUGCCCCGGCCACGCCGACUACGUCAAGAACAUGAUCACCGGCGCCGCCCAGAUGGACGGCGCCAUCCUCGUCGUCUCCGGCGCCGACGGCCCCAUGCCCCAAACCAAAGAACACAUCCUAUUAGCCAAGCAGGUCGGCGUUCCCAACAUGGUGGUCUUCCUCAAUAAGCAGGACCAGGUCGACGACGAGGAGCUCCUCCAGCUCGUCGAGCUCGAGGUCCGCGAGCUCCUCACGUCCUAUGAAUUCCCCGGCGACGACGUCCCCAUCAUCUCUGGCUCCGCCCUGCUCGCUCUCCAGGCCCUCAUGGCCAAUCCCAGCAUGAAGCGCGGUGAGAACCAGUGGGUCGACAAGAUCUAUGAGCUCAUGGAUGCCGUGGAUAACUACAUGCCCAUCCCCCAGCGCCAGACCGACCUCCCCUUCCUUCUCGCCAUCGAAGACGUCUUCUCCAUCACCGGCCGUGUCGAGCGUGGCACGAUCAAAGUUGGUGACACCGUCGACAUCGUCGGCCUUCGAGACACCCGCACCACCACCGUCACUGGGGUCGAGAUGUUCCAGAAGACCCUCGACGAGGCCAUGGCCGGUGACAAUGUCGGCCUGCUUCUCAGAGGUAUCCAGAAGGCUGACAUCGAGCGUGGAAUGGUCAUUGCCAAGCCUGGCACCAUCACGCCCCACACUAAGUUUGUUGCCAUCGUGUAUGUGCUUAAGAAGGAGGAGGGCGGCCGCCACUCGCCCUUCUUCCCUGGCUACAGGCCACAAUUCUACAUGCGGACUACCGACGUUACUGGGAAGGUCUCGUCCAUCAUGAAUGAAAAUGAUAAGGAUGAGGAGUCGAAGAUGGUCAUGCCCGGAGACCGCGUCAAGAUGGUUGUGGAGCUUAUCAUGCCUGUUGCCUGCGAGCAGGGUAUGCAGUUCGCCAUCAGGGAGGGCGGCAAGACUGUUGGGGCCGGUGUCAUUCAGUCCAUUAUUGAGUGAUGGAACAAGAUAGAUAAGAUUAUCCCCUAUUCUUGUGCUCCUUACUCUAUUGCUUUCUUACCACUUUGUUGAUAGGGGCUGCUUGACUCAGUUGUACUGCUUGGUUAGUAGGUCAGCCGUUAUUAAAUCAAAGACACCCCAGCUGCUGGUUCUCAAUCUCAGGACCACCAAAGAUCCACAUUUGUCAUAUAUUUCCAGUUUUGUGUUUCUUUUUGUUGUGCUGUUCUGUCCUUGUGGGUAGAAACUUGAAGCAAUUAACUUUGUAAUUUCAUUUUAAUUGUUGUUUUAGAUGACCGGUGUUCGGUAGUGGUAGUUCCUAUGUAAUAGCAGAGUGUUGCUUUUAUGAAGUACACUAGGUUAGUUUAUGAAAUUCGUGCUUUGAAAUGAAGGUACUAUUAAUGCUUCAAUCUUAA